GCAUACCCUUCUCUUCCUUUCCCUCCAUCUUCCCCGAGUCGCGACGAUGCGCACUCCCUCCAUCUACAGCCAGGACGACCCCUUGACCGCGGCUCUUCAGCCUGACCCCGGCGAGACCGACAAUGAGCGCAGGAUGCGCGUCUUCCGCGAAGCGGAGGCAAAACGCAUUUCCGAGCAGAUUGAUGAGGACAUUCGCCAGGAGCGCGAGCGCAUGAAGAGGUCGAAGGGCGACGUGAAGCUGCUACUGCUUGGUCAGGCGGAGAGCGGGAAGUCGACCCUCCAGAAGCAGUUUCAAUUGAUGUACCGCCCGCAUUCCAUCGACCAGGAGCGAUCCUCCUGGCGCACAGUCAUCUACUACAACGUCGUGCACUCUCUCAGGCACAUUAUGACCAGCCUGGAGCAGUUCGAGGAGGGCUCCGAGAACGCACCUCUUGACGAUGGCGCGUCGGUCUACUCCCGCUACCCGAAUGGCACCGAGUCCUCGCCCUCGACCUCGUUCACAAAGCCGAGCUCUCUGAACGGAUACGCAUCCUCGACUCACCAAGCUCCCCUCUCACCUAGUACUCCCCCACCUAUCUCUGGAAAAGACCCUCGAAUGGCGCAGAUCGCAUAUCUCCGUCGACGACUGGCGCCGCUCAUCUCCACCGACGCUGCCUUAGCCGACCGCCUGAGCGGUGGUAUCAACGUCUCAGGACCUGGCAAGGGCGGUGUGCUGGUUCGGAGCGGAUGGCAGGCGCGGACGAUCGAGAACGCGCUGAAUAAGACGAAGUGGGCGCGGCGCAUGUCCUCCGAGGGCAAGCCCGUCGAGCGCGACAGCUUCGACAUUGUGCACGACAGCCUUGUUCUGGAGGUUGGCCGCAUGCUCGACAUAUGCAAGGAAGACAUCAAGGCGCUCUGGAGUCAUCCACUCGUGAAGAUGCUCAUCUCGAAGCGCAAGCUCAAGCUCGAUGAGUGGUCUGAAUUUUUCUUGAAGCAUAUAUCCCGCGUCGCGGCUGCCGAUUACCUACCGACCAUCGACGAUAUACUGCACGCUCGAGUGCAGACCAUGGGUGUGGCAGAGCACGUAUUCGACGUCAACAUCCACGGCAAGUCGGUGACCUGGCACCUUUUCGAUGUGGGAGGUGCACGAGGCCAGCGCCACUCGUGGGUACCGUACUUCGAUGACGCCAAUGCCAUUAUCUUCGUCGCACCAGUCAGCGCAUUUGAUCAGUACUUGGAAGAGGACCCGCGAACGAAUCGGAUCGAUGAUUCCUUGCAACUUUUCACCCAAAUCUGUUCGAAUGCGCUACUGAAGAGUGUACAUCUGGUCCUGUUCCUGAACAAAACCGAUCUUCUCAAGGCGAAACUGGACGCUGGUUUGAGGGUAUCGAAGUACAUCACGUCCUUCGGCAACCGCUCCAACGACUACGAGACUGCUGUCCAGUACUUCCGUGCGCACUUCCUGCAGGUGCACAGAAGAAAUAACGAGAACCGCCGGGUUCUGUACACGCACUUCACGAGCGUUGUCGAUACCAAAGCAACACAACGCAUCAUUGGCAACGUCCGGGACUCGAUUUUCCGAGGUUACCUUCAGUCUGCCGCUCUCGUUUGAUCGCUCUCCGUCGUCGUCGCACUCGCAAACCUUGUUCAUAUUUAUCGUCGCUUACCAAAGGGCCUCUUGUAGCUGUAUUCUCCGGACAGCACCCAGCCAGCAAUUGUACGUCACUACCACACAAUCGUUCUCGAACCCGAUAUCCCUUUUCUGGUGCUGUUUUCGGUAUUGUACCAUCACCGCCGCUGGCGUAAUUUAUUCCUUCUUUACAUUCAUCGUCCGCCCUUACACCCAGCAUCCUCUUCACAUGCACUCAUCCUAGGCCUCCGUUCCUUUACGCACGUAUUUUGCCGGCUUCUGUAUGUGGCUCGACUGGUUUCCUCCGCUACGGCGCUUUCUGCUGUACGAUAAUUCGCACCCCUUCGCUAGAUUGUCGACCAUUGUCAAUCGAUAUGGUGACCCUUAUGCCUCACGGCG